AUGCGCUUGACUGCUUUUCCGUCUUGGUUAGAGAUUGAGGUGGCGUUAACGGCGCCUUCGCGUCUGCAGACUGUAGCCUGCGGGCCCGGGCCGCGGAUUUCGGUUCCACGAAGGUUUUCUCUUAGCUUCUGAAAUCCUUUGAAAGCUGUCAUUCAUUUAUCCUCAAGUACCAAAAAUCUUUGACUGUCUGACUGGUAGACUUCCUCCAUGUUCUCUAAAUUUUCGGAGCUGUGGGGAGGGGCGGUAUAAAAGUAAGUUCUGUGUAGAUCUCCGCGCCGUGGCCCGUCCCGCUUUUGACGGCUUUAUCCAUCAACAAAAUACCUAACAUUAAUAUCUUAGUUGCCCACAGCUCACAGGACCCUUUUAUUAGUAUUGCUCAAGUGCUUGUUUACCACAGACGACGAGAGAACUGAAGUGGUCCAGGCCGUGCUGCUGAUUCAGUGUGUAAGGUAAAUUAAAGACUAUCCAGAAAUGAUGAUUAAAAACCGUUUAUUUUUUAGUUGAAUGUUUUUGUCUUCAUUGUUCCUGGAAGAACGCCAAAAUACCGGACUGCCUGGCUCAGCGCAGGACAUCUAGCCUACCCACCGACGUGGAGCUUCAGAGCAUGGCAACAGAAGAGUCAGGAGACGCAAAAGCGGAGUCAGCCCGCUCCUCAUCAGCCAAUCCGAGCAAGCAAAUGCCUGAAAAACCAAACUAUACUCUCAGAUUUACUCUCGUGGGACAUACGGAGGCAGUAUCAUCCGUUAAGUUUAGUCCUAGUGGAGAAUGGCUAGCAAGUUCUUCUGCCGAUAAACUAAUUAAAAUCUGGAGUGCCUAUGAUGGAAAAUAUGAGAAAACACUGUAUGGUCACAGUCUGGAAAUAUCAGAUGUUGCCUGGUCAUCGGAUUCCAGUCGUCUUGUUUCUGCCUCAGAUGAUAAAACUCUGAAGAUAUGGGAUGUGAGAUCUGGAAAAUGUUUGAAAACACUAAAGGGGCACAGUAAUUAUGUCUUUUGCUGUAAUUUCAACCCGCCAUCCAACCUCAUCAUUUCUGGAUCUUUUGAUGAGAGUGUGAAAAUAUGGGAGGUGAAAACAGGAAAGUGCCUCAAAACUUUGUCUGCUCAUUCUGACCCGGUUUCUGCUGUUCACUUUAAUUGUAGUGGGUCCUUGAUAGUAUCAGGUAGCUAUGAUGGUCUCUGUAGAAUCUGGGAUGCUGCAUCAGGUCAGUGUUUAAAAACACUUGUUGAUGAUGAUAACCCUCCUGUCUCUUUUGUACAAUUUUCUCCAAAUGGUAAAUAUAUUCUCACUGCGACUUUGGACAGUACUCUUAAACUAUGGGAUUAUAGCAAGGGCAGAUGCCUGAAGACAUAUAUUGGACAUAAGAAUGAGAAGUACUGCAUAUUUGCCAAUUUUUCAGUUACUGGUGGAAAGUGGAUUGUGUCUGGUUCAGAGGAUAACCUGGUUUACAUAUGGAACCUUCAGACUAAAGAGAUUGUACAGAAAUUACAAGGUCACACAGAUGUUGUGAUCUCAGCAACUUGCCAUCCUACAGAAAACAUCAUUGCAUCAGCAGCAUUAGAAAAUGACAAAACAAUUAAACUAUGGAUGAGUGACUACUAACCCCUUUUGAAAUCAGGCUGAGAGGCUGCGUUUUACUUGGAUCAAAGCCAUAAAACAGACAAGUUAUUCUUUAAGAAAAUUUAUUUGUACCUCUAGAGC